GAUAGUAGGUUUCUGUGUCAAAUAGUCGGCACUUAUCUUUAGUGUCAUCUCUAGGUUAACUUUUAGUGUAGAAUUUAAGCAAAAUCAUAGAUUUGAAAAAUACCACUUAAAAGCAAAACAUGUUAUUUGAAAGUAGUUGAAGUUAUUUAUAAAACAGUUUAUGUAACAAAGUAUGUCCUCCAAUUGUGAUAUCCAUAGUCCACAGUUAUGUUCUAAGGGCAAAACACCACUUAUCCAAAAACCCUCAGCUUCUAAAAUUAGUUUAAAGAAAAAUGAAAAAAAUACAAACUCUACUAUAAGCUUUAAAAAUGAGACCAAACAAUUACCUAAAAAUUUUACUAACGAAAAUUUUAAUUUAACUAAUUCAAGACCUAUUACAUAUGAAAAUAAUGAGACUGAUGAUGAAUCGGAAAGUGAUUUUGAUGCAAUGUCUGUAGCCAGUAGAUACCAUAGUGGAGAUAAUUUAGAAUACCAAAUGGAUACUGAAAGGGAUUUCACGAAGCCAUCUGCCACAAUCGAAGACUUAAUUGAAGAAAAUCCAAUAAAUCAUAUAUCAAAUAAAACGAAAUCCUGUAAUUGUUCCUGUAGAAAUUCUAGUCAAUAUUGCGAUGCCGCAAAAUGCGCCACACCAAAGAUUUUCUUCGAAGACGGAAUCAGAUCUGUAGAUUACGUUUUAGUAUGGGACGCUUUCAAUCAAAACGCCAUAGAGGAGAAAGCGUACGAUAAAAGAAAAACGUUUGAAACAAAUUUAAAAAGAGAAGGUUUACAAUUGGAAUUUGGAAAGCAAGAACCCAACGGACUGAAUUUUGUGAAGAUUCAUGUUGAAAACGAAGUUUUGAGACGAUAUAGUGAGAUAUUGAAAUUAAGAAUGCCUAUGAAAGAGGAAUUAUGUAAGGAACCCAAGGAAUCUGACAGUUACAACGUUUUUGCUAGUAUCGGUCAAAAGAUUCCAGCCCUUCGGCAAAUAUCAAGACGAACAAAUUUUUUCAUAGAUAAUAUAAGUAGUCGUUGGGACAAAUUAAAAUCUUAUAUAACCAUUGAUGACAGUACUUUCCCUGAUAAAGAGCAUCGGUUUACUGCCAUUUAUAGUAGAGAUAAGGAAUAUCUGUUUGAUGUCGAUUCCCCCUUUUUCUUCACACCAGCAAUACGAUCUAGAAUAGUACAGUUUAUUUUAGAUAGAAAAAGAUUCAGUGAGAGUGGUAACGACUUCGAAUUUGGUAUAGAGAGAUUAUUAAAUGAUAAGACGUACGCAGCGGCGUACCCAUUACACGAUGGUGAUUUAAGGCGCCAAGGCUCAACGAGACAUUUACUAUACGUAGAAUGGGCGUCUUUAAAAAAAUGGUACAAGUAUCAACCACUCAAUUACAUAAAGGAAUAUUUUGGUGUGAAAAUUGGUUUCUACUUUGCCUGGUUGGGAUUUUACACUCAAAUGUUAAUACCAGCAGCUCUAGUCGGCCUAAUAUGUUUCAUAUAUUCUUGUGCUACUUUAUAUUCCAAUAUUCCGAGUGAGGAUAUAUGCAAUGAAAAGAUCAAAGAAAAAAUGUGUCCGCUUUGUGAUGUCUGGUGCAGUUAUUGGAAUAUUUCUGAAUCUUGUGUUCAUGCAAGAAUAACGUACCUUUUCGACAAUCCGACUACAGUAUUUUUCGCCAUAUUUAUGUCCGUUUGGGCUACUUUAUUUAUGGAAAUGUGGAAGAGAUAUUCUGCGGAAAUAACUCACAGAUGGGACGUAACUGGUUUCGAUAUACAAGAAGAACAUCCUAGACCUCAAUAUUUAGCACGUUUAGCCCAUGUUACAAGGAAACAAGUUAAUGUUAUAACAAACACAAUGGAACCUCUUGUGCCUUAUUGGAAAAUGCGAGUACCUAUGACUAUACUCAGUUUUUCAGUUGUACUACUUUUGAUCGCUUUAGCUCUUGCAACAGUUGUAGCAGUUGUUCUCUAUCGUAUGUCCAUUUUAGUAUCUCUAAAAGCAUUCAAUCCAUAUGCUGCUGUAGUUGUAGACAACAGUUCGGCAAUGUUAUUCACCACCUGUACUUCUGCCUGCAUCAAUUUAGUUUUUAUUGUGAUAUUUAAUUAUAUUUACACAUACGUAGCUAAAUACUUAACAGAAUACGAAUUACUUAGAACUCAGACUGAAUUCGAUGAUUCCUUAACAUUAAAGAUAUAUUUAUUACAAUUUGUUAAUUAUUACGCUAGCAUAUUUUAUAUCGCAUUUUUUAAAGGAAGAUUCGUUGGUUAUCCUAAAAAAUACAAUAGGGUUUUUGGUUAUAGACAAGAAGAGUGUGGACCCGGUGGAUGCCUAACUGAACUUUGUAUCCAACUGGCAAUAAUUAUGGUAGGCAAACAAACCAUGAACACUAUUUUAGAGAUGCUAUUUCCGUUAUUUUUCAAAUGGUUGAAUACCUUGAAAGUCAAAACUGGUUUAACCGCCCAGCAACAGUUAUGUAAAAACUGCCGACCUCAAUGGGUGAAAGAUUACAAACUGGUAGAAUGGGGACCUAGGAGUCUGUUUCCGGAAUAUUUAGAAAUGGUUCUUCAAUAUGGUUUUGUAACAAUAUUCGUAGCGGCGUUUCCGUUAGCGCCAUUUUUUGCUUUGAUAAACAACAUUCUCGAAAUGCGACUAGACGCCCAAAAACUUUUAACUUUUUAUCGAAGACCCGUUUCUCAGAGGGUUCGCGAUAUUGGAGUUUGGUACAGAAUUUUAGAUUCCAUAGGAACAUUGUCUGUAGUAACAAACGGUUUCAUUAUAGCAUUCACAUCAGAAUUUAUUCCAAGGCUUGUCUAUUUAACGAAUCACAAUAAUUUGGAAAAUUAUUUAAAUAACUCAUUAUCAUAUUUCAAUACAAGUGAUUUUAUCAAUUCGUCGAGGCCCAACAAAUGGGAUUCAGAAUCUGUUUGCCGGUAUCCAGAUUAUAGAGAACCACCAGGAACCUCGAACGAAUAUCUUAGAACUUCUUUGUAUUAUCAAAUAUUGGCAGCAAAACUAAUGUUUGUAUUAGUUUUUGAAAACGUGGUGUUCUUCAUAUUAACUGUUGUCAAAUGGUUGAUACCGGAUAUUCCCAUGGAUCUUCGGGAUCAAAUAAGAAGAGAAGCAUACAUUACAAAUGAAAUUAUUAUUAUACAGGAAACUCAGAGGGCGAAAUCUGGAAUAAAAUGUAAAACCCCCUCAGAAUUAGAAAAGAUAAAGAAUCUUAAUGAAGCACCAACAUCUCUAGAACAAUGGGAUAGAGUGCUGAGUGAAUCGAUUGGUCGUUUCCAAGUUAACCGGUUAAACUGUACGAUUCCAUCAAAUUCUACUCGCGAAUCUCCACAUUCGCAAGUUAGUAUUUAACGUCGUUAUGCUCUUUCAUUGUUAUUAAUCACUUAAAUUAUCGAGGUAGCUAUUUUAAUACCAUAAAGCUGUUCUUCAAAUACAUUUUAUCGUAUAAAUAAUUGCUAGCCAAUUGAUGGAAAACAAAAUUAUAUGUUUGAUAAAAAAUAUUUUGUAACUUUAUAUUUCAUUGUGGUACUAUAGAAGCUAUUUCUAUUUGAGCACAAAUAUGAUAAAUUAUAAUAUAGUAUGUGACUCAUUACCAUGAAUAGAAUAAAAUUUCUAUUUUUCAUCGUUAUAAUUCCAAAAUCUUUGAAAUAUUAAAUUUCAUUUGAAAAAAAAAAAGGAAGUUAUUAGGUAUAUAAAUUUUAUUUUCUAUAAAUUUAGUACAGACUUUAUAAACCGCAAUGUUAGAUUCUUUUAAUAGAUAAGAUUAAGUUGUUUAGGGAGUCGUUUUCAAAAAAAAAUAUUUGAACAAUAAAAUUCAAUGAAACAUAAAGAAAACUACAAAGAUUUAAAUAAUAAAACUAGAAGAGUGGUCUUCCAGGGGGAGCACUGGAAUGACUCUUUAUACGAAGAAAAAAAUUAAAAAUAAAUGUAUAAAAAUAUAUUACGAAAAAAACUGACAUAAUUGACCAAUGUGGUUAUUCUAUAUGCUUACAAAUAUCAUUUUUAAAGCGAGAAAUUGAAAGGAUUCUAAUGGGAAAAAAGAUUUAGAACUGUUUCAAACAAUAUGGAAAAUUAACCUGGUAACUCCUCUGGCAACCCACUCGGCUGUUAAAACUCCUGGUAACUCCUUCCUCGGGCAUCGGUAUGGCGGAAAAAAGUAAUUUCUAUUCUACUCCGUAACGACAGUCGAAUUCUUCACUACAGGUACACGCAAUGAAGAUUGAAAAAUACAAAAAUUUUAUAUAUUGUCUCUGGUCUACUCCCUUUAUAAGGAUGGCUUGAAAAAACUCUGGGAGACACGCCACAAUAUAACACAGAUAUAAUUAUAUCAGAAACGAUCUUCUUCUUAGACUCUCAGACUCAGACGACUCAGAAGAGAGCGUUUUACUAACUCUUGCAACCGUCUUCGAUGUAGAACUGCCAACUUAGUACUAUCAACAAUAAGCAUUUUGCUUGACCUAUCAGCUCACAUACAAAGUAUACAUUGAAUUUAUUCCAAGUUACCUCUACACGGAGACGGAGUGUAACAAUUACUCAGUAUCUCUUUGUUGUGACUCCAAAAUAAGUAGGAUCCUCCAAAAAGAGGCUAUUUUUCGGUUUUUUUUGUCCUACAUCUCAAAGCUUUAUUCCUUCUAGGUACCUAAUUCUUUUACUGAAAUAUGUAGAGGACAUUGGUAAAGUAAAUAAUUUCAGAUAAUAACUUUUUAGCUGAUAUGGUUAUAGAUCUUUUGGACUGUUUUAGGCCUAGAUUAUUUCUGUACUGAGACUCUAUUUAAUUUUUCAGCUAUCUGAACAUUCAGUUUGUUUUUGAUGUGACCGCGUAUAAGGCCAUAGUAAGUAGAACUGUGAGCCAAAAUAUAGUGUCGUCGCCUCUUUUUUACCAAGGCUUUUGCCUAGUAAACACCUUAGGCUUAAUUUGCUUCUAAUAACUAGUGCUUUUAGAGUUUGUUUACACUCACUCGCUAACGUGGACAUGCACUCAAUAACUUUCAAGGCCGCUCGGCUAUCAGAGAUAAUGUAAAUGUGCUUUCUAGCGAGAUUUAUGAGCUCAUAUGUUUAGUGCUAGCAAGACUGCUUGAAAAAUAGUGAGUGGUUUGGAGAGCUUACAUUAAAGCAUGAAAAUACCCAAUCCAGCUCCUCACACUAGCUUCGAAAUAUCUGUAUAUCAGAGGAUUUCUGUGUACAUGAUACUUGGCAUUUGGUCUAUUGCUUUCGAGCUUUAUUAGUAUUGGUUCUAGUAAGGCAAAACUUUGGUGAAAUUGCAACUCGAGACCAAUCAACGCCAUCGUACUGCUUCAACUUGCCAAUCAAUUUUUAAUUCUCUAUCUAUCUAUCUAUCUCUAUUUGACUCUUAAGUAUAGAAGGAUAGUGAGAGGAUCGACAUGGAGGAUUACUAAAUUUUUAAUAGCAUGUAAUCCAAUUAGAGUAGUUUUAAGGAGUUUUAUUCCUUUUGUGUCCAACUUUCAACACUCACAAGGUGGUAACUAUACCUGACGCCAGAUUCAAAACUGAAUUGUUCAAAAUCUUUUACAUUUGAUCAUAGAGUUUAUUCCUCAAAAAUUUAUAUACCUAGUAAACUACUGAUAUGACCAAUAAACGUAAUAAGAUCAAGAUCAAUAAAAAAAUCUCAUAAAAUACUCUUCAACAUAUCAAACUCAUAUAUAUUUUUUAAGAAUUUAUUUAUAUCGAUAAGUUUCUCAAAAAUCUAGUAAAUAAUAUUUUCCAAACCAACGAUAUUGUUUCGAUCAGUUUUCUUAGGAUUGUAUAUGUGUGUGUUGUUAAAAAUUCAAAUUAUUAUAAUAAAAAAUAGUGAUACUUGUUAAUGAUAUUAUUUAGUUUAUAUGUUGUUACGAUGAUCCGGGAAUUUCCCGAGGAACUUCUAAUUUGCUUUUAAUAUAACACCCUGGUUUUAUUGCUUAUUGGAAACAUUAUAUGUUUGAAAUUCAUUCAGUUCAUUAUUAUUCCAUUUUUUUGCAAAUUUUGACAGAUCCAGAUUAACAAAAAAUUAUUUUUUGGAAACAAAAAGAAUCUAGUCAACAAUUAUCUUAAUUUGACUGAACUAAGUCUGAAGCAGCUUUCUAAUUAUUUAGAAAUCAAUAAAAAUAUGAGGACUCAAGAUUUAGUAGUUGAUUCGGUUAUAUCAAAUACUAUUUAAACUACUUUUUUUAAUCAUAUCUCUUUUUUCUUCUCUAAUGAAUUUUACGCUAGGGUAAGUUUUUGCUUGCAACUCUAUAUUUGAAUAGAAAUAUUUCUGUAAAAUUUUGGGAAAACUAAAUUUGAAUAUAUAUUAAUGUUUACGUGUUAAUUGUAUAUUUCUAGUCUUUGUACAUUUUAAUCUAAAAUCGGUUGUGAUGUUUCAAAUACUGCUUGUUAAUAAUAUACUUGCCCAUUAUCCAUCUAUUAUUUUUACAGUUAAAUAAAAAUAUUUUCAAAUAAA